UUUCUGUGUGGCACAAUUUGCAUUAAACGCGAAUCGCAAUAGUAAAGUAACAUAUAUAUCUAGACAAAAUGAGUGACGAUGAGUCUAGUGAUGGAUUGGAGGACUUGAAAGAUCUGAUGGCCAUAUAUGCCAAGCACGAAGAAAAAGCGCAGAACAGUCGUUCGUCCAAAACAAAGAGAGAGGAGGCGACCUAUGUGGAGGUGCCCUCUGAAAAAUUGAUAUUCGGCGAUAGGCAAGCGUUUCUAACAAACUUGGCCAAAUCAGUGGGCAAGAAACGCAUAAAACUUGAUAGUGUGAGCAAAUCAGCAGCUGAUGAUGAGGAUAAGGAGGAAGCAGCAGAGGCUGCAAAGAAACCGAAGCCAGCAUGGAUAGACUCUGAUGACGAGGAUAUUGAGGUGGGCGAGGUGAAGCGACCCACUCGACACACUGGUCCACUGACGCACUUGCGCAAGGACAAAUCAUACAAAGAAUAUCUAACAGCGCGCUUUCAACGCGUCAUCCGUCAACCGAAAUGGGCAUCUCUUGAGCGGAGGCAAAAGAAUAGCGAUGAUUCCGACUCAGAGGAGGAGCCGCUGCUUAAAACCGUGGGCUUCAUCAAUCGCAGAGCCAGGUCAAAUGAGCUUCCGGCAAAAACGUUGCCAUUCAAACGGACGCGAGAUUUGAAUCGUGCCACCUACAGCGAAGGCGUUAUCACGAGCAUCCAAUUCCAUCCGACCAGCACUGUUGCCUUGGUCUCUGGAGAGAGCUGUGUGGCGAAUCUGUAUUGCGUAGAUGGCCAGAAGAACGAGAAGCUGCACAGCAUCCGCUUCAAAAAAUUUCCACUCACCUGUGCACGCAUGGCUCCGUGCGGCACAAAGGCGUUCUUUGGCUCGCUGAGGCCCUUCUACUAUGCCUACGAUCUGCUGGAGGCUAAGGAGUCUAAGUUGAGGCUGCCUUCCGUGUUGAAUUACUUAACUCACUUCGAGGUGUCGCCGUGUGGGAAAUACAUUGCCACAGGUGGCAAAUUCGGCGCCAUCCACUUGCUGACCAGUAACACAAACGAGCUGAUCCACAGCUUCAAGCAGGAAGGUCUUGUGCGUGACAUGUGCUUCACGGCGGACUCACAGCGACUGCUCUGUAGCAGCUCCGGCUGCAAUGUGAAUGUGUUGUCCCUGCGACAGAAUUGCAUUGAGCACAGUUUCAUUGAUGAUGGCUGCGUUAAUGGCAGUUCGUUACAGCUGUCCCCCAGUCAACGUCUCUUGGCGACGGGCAGCAACGAGGGCGUAGUCAAUAUCUAUGACUACGAGAGCAUCUAUAAGACGACGACGCCGCAGCCCGAGAAAUGCUUCAUGAAUCUGCGCACGGCCAUUACGGAUCUUCAGUUCAAUCACACGUCCGAGCUGCUGGCCAUGUGCUCAGUAAAGGUGCCGAACGCCGUGAAGCUAGCACAUUUCCCCAGCGCUACGGUCUAUGCCAACUUCCCUGAGCAAACUGACUCCUUGGGUUGCAUCAAAAGGAUAGCCUUUUCGCCAAAUAGCGGCUACUUGGCUUUUGGCAGCAGGGGCAAAAGGGCGCCCUUGUUUAGACUUAAGCAUUUCAAAAACUAUUGAGUGGAUGGGAUAUAUCUGGAGUGGAUAUAUGAUGAUAUACGAAGUGAACAUAUAUGGAAUGAAUAUA